CGGCAGUGGCGGCGGCGGCGGGUCCGGAGGUGGCGGCAGGUGGCCCCGCGCGCGGCGGCCGGCCCGGCCGGGGGCGGGCGGGAAGGUGGCGCCUCGGGCGGGGGCCGGUCCCUGCACCAGGUGACCUGUUCCGGCCCGGAUCCGGGCGGCCUCGCCAUGCAGCGGCGCGGCGCGGGGCUCGGGUGGCCGCGGCAGCAGCAGCAGCAACCCCCGCCGCUCGCGGUCGGCCCCCGGGCCGCAGCCAUGGUCCCCCCGAGUGGUGGCGUUCCCCGGGGCCUCGGCGGCCGCCCUGCCUGCGCGCUGCUCCUGCUCUGCUACCUGAAUGUUGUACCGUCUUUGGGUAGGCAGACUUCCCUGACGACAUCAGUGAUACCCAAAGCUGAGCAGAGUGUGGCUUACAAAGACUUUAUUUAUUUUACUGUCUUUGAAGGAAAUGUUCGCAACGUUUCUGAAGUCUCGGUUGAGUAUUUAUGCUCUCAGCCUUGUGUUGUCAAUUUGGAAGCAGUUGUUUCAUCGGAGUUCAGAAGUAGCAUUCCCGUGUACAAAAAAAGGUGGAAGAAUGAGAAACAUCUUCACACCAGCAGGACACAAAUAGUACAUGUGAAAUUUCCAAGCAUUAUGGUUUACAGAGAUGAUUAUUUCAUCAGACAUUCCAUCUCUGUAUCUGCAGUGAUAGUACGCGCCUGGAUUACUCACAAAUACAGUGGCGGAGACUGGAGUGUUAAAUGGGAGGAAAACUUGCUCCAUGCUGUAGCAAAGAAUUAUACCCUCCUGCAGACCAUCCCGCCUUUUGAACGCCCUUUCAAAGAUCAUCAAGUGUGCCUCGAGUGGAACAUGGGUUAUAUUUGGAACCUUCAGGCAAACAGGAUUCCACAAUGUCCUCUGGAAAAUGAUGUGGUUGCCCUGCUUGGCUUUCCUUAUGCCUCCAGUGGAGAAAACACAGGCAUUGUCAAGAAGUUCCCGAGGUUUCGGAACCGAGAGCUGGAGGCCACUCGACGCCAGAGGAUGGAUUACCCAGUGUUUACUGUUUCAUUGUGGCUGUAUUUACUCCAUUAUUGCAAGGCCAACCUCUGUGGGAUUCUGUACUUUGUUGACUCUAAUGAGAUGUACGGCACACCUUCUGUAUUUCUUACGGAAGAGGGCUAUUUGCAUAUUCAGAUGCAUCUUGUCAAAGGGGAAGACCUUGCUGUAAAAACUAAAUUCAUCAUACCUUUGAAGGAGUGGUUUCGACUGGAUAUCUCUUUUAACGGAGGCCAGAUAGUAGUAACCACUAGCAUUGGACAGGAUUUGAAAAGCUACCACAAUCAGACCAUUAGCUUCCGGGAGGAUUUCCAUUAUAAUGACACAGCUGGGUACUUCAUUAUUGGAGGGAGCAGGUAUGUGGCUGGCAUUGAAGGGUUUUUUGGACCCCUGAAGUACUAUCGCCUUCGCAGUCUGCACCCCGCCCAGAUUUUUAAUCCCCUCCUUGAGAAGCAACUUGCUGAACAAAUCAAGUUAUAUUAUGAAAGGUGUGCUGAGGUUCAAGAAAUAGUAUCUGUGUAUGCAUCCGCAGCAAAGCACGGGGGCGAGAGACAAGAAGCAUGCCAUCUCCACAACUCCUACCUGGACCUCCAGCGCAGGUAUGGGAGACCCUCGAUGUGCAGAGCCUUCCCCUGGGAGAAGGAGCUGAAACAUAAACACCCCAGCUUGUUUCAGGCAUUGCUGGAGAUGGAUCUGCUGAUCGUGCCAAGGAACCAAAAUGAAUCUGUAUCAGAAAUCGGUGGGAAGAUAUUUGAGAAGGCUGUAAAGAGACUCUCUAGCAUUGAUGGUCUUCACCAAAUUAGCUCUAUCGUCCCGUUUCUGAUGGAUUCCAGCUGCUGUGGAUACCAUAAAGCAUCCUACUACCUCGCAGUCUUUUAUGAGACUGGAUUAAAUGUUCCUCGGGAUCAGCUGCAGGGCAUGUUGUAUAGUUUGGUUGGAGGCCAGGGGAGUGAGAGGCUGUCUUCAAUGAAUCUUGGGUAUAAACACUACCAGGGUAUUGAUAACUACCCCCUGGACUGGGAACUGUCGUAUGCCUACUACAGCAACAUUGCCACCAAGACACCCCUUGACCAGCACACGCUGCAAGGAGAUCAGGCAUAUGUUGAAACAAUUAGACUAAAAGAUGAUGAAAUACUCAAGGUACAAACCAAAGAAGACGGAGAUGUCUUUAUGUGGUUGAAGCAUGAAGCUACCCGAGGCAAUGCAGCAGCUCAGCAACGAUUGGCCCAGAUGCUGUUCUGGGGGCAGCAAGGUGUGGCCAAGAAUCCCGAAGCAGCAAUUGAGUGGUACGCCAAGGGCGCCCUGGAGACGGAGGAUCCUGCGUUAAUCUAUGACUAUGCCAUUGUGCUAUUCAAGGGUCAAGGAGUAACAAAGAACAGACGGCUUGCCUUAGAGCUGAUGAAGAAAGCAGCUUCCAAGGGAUUGCAUCAGGCAGUCAAUGGCCUGGGAUGGUAUUACCACAAAUUCAAGAAAAAUUAUGCCAAAGCAGCAAAGUACUGGUUAAAAGCAGAAGAAAUGGGGAACCCAGAUGCAUCAUACAAUCUUGGAGUCCUGCAUUUGGAUGGCAUCUUCCCUGGAGUUCCUGGAAGGAAUCAAACUUUAGCUGGUGAAUAUUUCCAUAAGGCUGCGCAAGGUGGACACAUGGAAGGGACCUUGUGGUGUUCUCUCUACUAUAUCACAGGCAACCUGGAGACAUUCCCUAGAGAUCCUGAGAAAGCUGUUGUAUGGGCAAAACAUGUAGCUGAGAAAAAUGGCUACUUGGGCCAUGUCAUCCGCAAAGGCCUCAAUGCCUACCUGGAAGGUUCAUGGCAUGAAGCUUUGCUGUAUCAUGUUUUAGCAGCAGAAACUGGAAUUGAAGUAUCACAGACAAAUUUAGCACACAUCUGUGAGGAGAGGCCAGACCUGGCCAGGAGAUACUUGGGUGUUAACUGUGUUUGGAGAUACUAUAAUUUCUCUGUUUUUCAAAUCGAUGCUCCUUCCUUUGCAUAUUUGAAGAUGGGAGACCUUUACUACUAUGGCCACCAAAAUCAGUCACAAGACCUGGAGUUGUCUGUGCAGAUGUAUGCCCAAGCCGCCCUGGAUGGAGACUCCCAGGGAUUUUUUAACCUGGCCCUGCUAAUCGAGGAAGGUACUGUAAUCCCACACCAUAUCUUGGAUUUCUUGGAAAUUGACUCAACUCUCCAUUCUAAUAACAUCUCCAUUCUCCAGGAACUGUACGAAAGGUGCUGGAGUCACAGUAACGAGGAGUCCUUCAGCCCCUGCUCCUUGGCCUGGCUUUACCUGCACUUGCGGCUUCUCUGGGGUGCUAUCCUGCACUCAGCCCUGAUCUACUUUCUGGGAACCUUUCUGCUAUCCAUAUUGAUCGCCUGGACUGUGCAGUAUUUCCAGUCUGUCUCAGCGAGCGAUCCCCCUUCAAGACCAUCCCAGGCCUCCCCAGACACUGCCACAUCCACUGCAAGUCCAGCUGUGACUCCAGCUGCAGAUGCCUCUGACCAAGACCAGCCCACAGUAACUAAUAACCCGGAGCCACGUGGGUGAACUGUGCACUCCAGUUCUCUCCAGAUGAGAGAGAAUCUUUUCAACAGUUGGUAUCGGGAAGCUGGGGCCAGGGCAUGAUCCUGAUAAACAACUUAAAUGUCUUGUCAACUGGAUGCAAAUUUUGCAAUUGGUGUCAUUUUUUUUUAAAGUCAAAUUACAAGGAAGUACCCAGAUCAGGCAGUGGUAAUACCAAAGGUCAUCAAACACAUACAAGGAACAUCUUGAUCACAGGGCAUGUGGGGAAGUUUACUGGGCCAUCACAGACUUUUGUUCUAGUGAUUGUAUGUAUUAGGAGUCAUAGCUUGCCCUACGGCAGAUCUGGAUUCUUACACACUAAGAUGUGUCUUAAGAAUCAUAUUGCUUGGUUCAUCCCUUUAUUGAAGAACAGAAAAUUAUGACUACUCUACAAGGUAGAUAAUAUUUUGGUACCUGUGCUUGCCACAGCCCUGUUCCUCAAAACCGAAUUGAUAGAUUUCUCUUUGACUUCCAAGACCUAACAGUUAUAAGGCACCUUGAAAUAAAUUGUUUAUGCCUGGAAAUGCAGGGAGGGCGAUAGCUUUGUAAAUUGGUUUACAUUUUUCUCCUUGAAUUUUUCUAGGGUCGUAGAGCUUCCGAAUCAUUUAAUGACAUUGUCGGAUAUCUUUUACAUUUCAAUUGCAAUCCACGAAAUUACAUUUAGAAGAUUCUUAAUACUUAACUGUAGUCUUCUCCAUGAAUUACCCGUUAGGAUAGACUGGCAGCAACGGAAUAUGCAGAAAGUAAGCCUUUAGCUUAUAGUUUCAUCCCUACCCCUUAUGCCUGCCUGAGUCUGUACAGGGAUGUGUGUGUGUGUGUGUGUGUGUGUGUGUGUGUGUGUGUGUGUGUGUGUUAGGAAGAGGAAGAGCAGAAUGUCUGUAUACUACAUGCUGCUAAGGUAGUAAAUAAAUCAGUAAUGCAAUAUUGUGGGUCCAAACUACUCUUUGCACUACUUUAUUUACAGUAGUAAAUAAAAUUAUUUUUAUACAAUUGA